GGAAGGAUCCUGCUCCUAGGAGGCUGUGGAGACCUAGGCUGGUCUCAAGCAUCCCGGAGGACUGCAGUGAAGCUGAAUUCCAAGAGUCCCUGGAGGCUGCCCUGUGGCCCAUGGGCCACUUUACUGUCCUGGGCAAAGUAUUUCGUGAGGAGGAUAAUGCCACUGCAGCCCUGGUUGAGCUUGACCGGGAAGUCAACUCUGCUUUGGUCCCAAGGGAAAUCCUAGGUACUCGGGGACCCUGGAACGUGGUCUUUGUGCCCCGUUGCUCCACCGAAGAGCUUCUUGGUCAUGUUUUUCACUUCUUGGAGCAACAGGGGCAGACGGUGGAUAGUAUACCUGGAGCCCUGGGCCUGGAGCUGGACAGAGUAUGCAGGCUCCAGUCAGUUAGUCAGGCAAUCCAGCCCUGGGUGGAGACCUUGCAGUACCAGAGCUUGGGUGUGUUUUCUGGGAGGAUUCAGCCAGCCCCUGGGGAGGAAUACUUUGAGGCCUGGCUAGACCACACCACUGACAUGUUUCAGGUAUGGCAAAGGGUCCCAGAAAGGGAGAAGAGGAGACGAUUGCUGGAGGGCCUGCGAGGGACUGCUCUGUACCUUGUACAUGGGCUGUUAGCAGAGAAUCCAGCAAGGACUGCAGAGGACUGCCUAGAGGCCCUGACCCGGGUAUUUGGAGACAAUGAAUCUCAGGCCACCAUCCGAAUGAAGUGUCUGACUGCUCAACAGCAGUCAGAUGAGCAGCUCUCUGCCUUUGUGUUAAGGCUAGAAGUCCUGCUGCAGAAAGCCAUCCAGAAGGGGGCUCUAGAGAGAACCUGCACUGAUGAUGUCCGCCUGAGGCAGGUGCUCACCAGGGCUAACCUGAAUGAGCCUCUGGAUGAAGCUCUGAGGAGGCUGAGAAUGAUCGGGAGGUCUCCAACUUUCCUGGAGUUGUUGGGGCUCAUAAGGGAGUCAGAGGAAUGGGAGGCAAGACUAGCCAGCAACAUGGAAGCCCAGGUGGAGAAUGAAGCUGGUGAUCUGGCUCCUGCCUGGGCUGAUGACAGAGUCAAUGCAAAGGCAGAAGAUGAGAAUGUGGAGAAAGAGGAAGAUGAGGUGGAGGAGCAGGCAGAGGACGAGGUUGAGGAGGAGACAGAAGACCAUAACCCAGACCACGGCCCUGUGGACCCAAGCCAGGCAGGACCUGAUGAGCCCCCUGGGGCUCCCACUCCAGCCCAGAUGGGCAGUACUCCUAGAGAGUGCCCAGGAGGGCCUGGCUGGGUGCCGAGCAGCCUUGCCUAGGCAGGGGGACAUAAAGCAGAGGAUUCCUUCCUGUACCAGCCUAGAAGUAUUACUGAAGGGUCAGCCCCAGAGUAGAGGAGAGGGCCUGCAGAUAGCUGCUAUACCCCCUGGCCUGGGAGAUAUUAGAGGGGAAGAGUCUAUUAAAAGGAUCCUGACAGCCUGGCUCUUCUACCCAGUCAGCAUCCCCAGGCAGGCUUAUGAAACUGCCUUUGGAAUCUCAUCCUUAUCUGUUCUACUCACAGUGACCAGCUACUCAGUGAGUAUGCAUUUUCAUACUAGCUCUCCCAUCCAUCACACCCUAGGCAAAGUGUAUCAGUCCCAGAUAGGUGAAAGCCCUGAACCACCCAGCUAGCUACCACCAGAGUCCCAGCUUGUGCUGUGAAUUUCCAUGCCAGCCAAGGCCCCGUUUGCUCUGCUUAUUACUCAUGUUGUGUAUUUCUGGUCAGCUUUCUUGAUAUACUUGUAGGCCAGCCACUUGCUGCUUGUUCCCUACAGAUGUGUGUGUUCUUACCUGAGAAGGUCCUCCACAGAGAUCCCAAGCCAAGCCCUUGGAACCAGCAAAAAGGAUGGGUGAUGACAAUUAGGGACUGGCUGAUGCUCAUCUUGUGACUGAUUUCAACCUGGGGUGGGCACGAAGCCCUGGACUAAGGAUGGGUGUGAUCUGACAACCAAGAUUUAAUGUUCCACCCUUGCUGUUACUUGUGACACCAGUUCUUCAGUUUGGUGAGAUGUUCCUUUCUGUGCUUUCCAGUGUCCAGUGACUGUCUUAUGCCAGAAUAAUUCAGGACCACUGAGCAAUGGGUGAUUCUUCUAGAGUGUUCCCCAAAAGAGAGAACAUUUCCAGAUGCCAUCAUCCUGGAAAGAGGCAUAUCAGGGGUCUCUGGAAAGGAAGAAGCUGAGGCAAGUAGGCCUUAGUGUAGCAAGCAGAUGAGGUCCUUCCUCAUGAAUUGCAGAGUGGGACAAGGUGGGACCUGUGGCCUCUAGCAGCUGUGGGGAAUUUCUGUGCUGUCAUCCCCUUGCCCUCAAUGGCUUCAGUAAAUGUAUCUGUUCAAUAAAUUUAAUGGAUGUUA